AAUAGUUCUAAGAUAGUGUUCCAUGCAAAAUUGUGUUUUAAUAUACUUAUACAGUGUUCAAUACUUGAAAAGAUUUUUUGAAAACCUUAAAACAGAUAUAAAUCUACUGCUAUGAAUAUCAAAAAGGUACCACCAAAUAUCAUGCGAAGGAAUUACAAAUGACAGCUUUUUAACGGAGACAGAGAUGUUCAAAUAUUCGGUCGUCAUUUUACAUUUUACAUUUUUUGCAGGGUCGCCGACGAAAACUUCUAGUACCGAAAACGAGAAUAAAUCGAAGAAAACUGCUAGUAUCAAAACCGGAAGUAGAUCGGUAGAAUGCAAAACACAUACGUUCGACAAAGUGUGUUGUGACGGUGUAUUACAACCCCGUAGAGGAGAGAAAACGUGUUGCUGUGGGAAGGAAAGCUUUAAACCAGAUGACUGGAUUUGUUGUGAGGGGCAAAUCGUUCCAAGGUCAGGCAUGUUCAAAAAGGUGGAUUGUUGCUCGUGCAAAUCGCCUGAACUUGAUAUCGUUUUCGCCCUCGACUCUUCCGGAAGUAUCACUUCGCCUAACUUCAAGAUCGUGUUAGACUUCGUUACUGACCUUGUAAUUUACAGCAACACAGUGAUAGGUCCGGAUGAUGUACAAGUCGGCAUUUUAACUUACAGUUCCAGUGUGAAGAUCCAGUUUCAUCUGAAUGACUAUGCAAACAAAAAUUCUCUAAAAAAUGCAAUCCUCAACAUCCCCUACACCGGUGGAACAACGGACACGGGAGGCGGAAUUCGGCAAGAAAUUUAAAUACUACUGAACUUGCAGUCAUGUCCGAUUAAUUCUAAAUCUGAAUUCAGUAUUUAGUUCAUAUUGUACAGAGAAGGUAU